AUGACACGGUCGCUGAUGCUGGGGGUGGUGGGCAGCUUGCUGUGUAUCCUGUCCAGAAGCGCUGCUGAUGGGGUGCCGGGCAGCGAGGCGAAGCGACCCAAUAUCGUCUUCAUUGUGGCUGAUGAUUUGGGAUGGAACGAUGUUAGCCUGCAUGGGUCACCACAGAUUCCCACGCCCCACAUCGACGCAAUCGCCCACUCUGGCGUCCAUUUGACAAAUUACCACGUCCAGCCCGUCUGCACACCAACCCGUUCCACCUUUCUAUCCGGUCGCCACGUGAUUCAUACCGGCAUCUAUAUGCCGUUUGCCCAAGGCACGGCCCUCCGACUCAAUCUCAGCUACACGCUGCUCCCAGCCUAUCUCAAGAAGCUUGGCUACCGAACGGCGGCUGUUGGAAAAUGGCACUUGGGACAAAACGUUGAGAAGGCUCUGCCCACGGGUCGUGGCUUUGAUGAGUAUCUUGGCUAUUGGAGUGGUGCAGAAGAUUAUUACACGCACGAUACGCAUGGCGGGUAUGACUUCCAAGACGGGACAGAGUGCGCAAUCAAAUACAACAACACAUACUCAACGUAUAUUUUUGCCGAGCGUGCAGUGAAUACUAUACUUGAGGCUGACCCGGAGCAGCCACUUUUCCUGUACACAGCUUUCCAAAACGUGCACUGGCCUUUGGAAGCCCCAGCAGAAUAUGUGGCGCGUUUUUCGCACAUCCCAAAUUCCGAGCGCCAAUAUGUGGCCGCCAUGACCAGCAUCCUGGACGACGCUGUUGGCAACAUUACUGAUGCCUUGAAAAGAUCCCGCAUUGCCGACAAUACCAUUUUGAUUUUUACCUCUGACAAUGGCGGUCCCGUACACGACGAAAACACGGAGAGCAACAAUUAUCCCCUUCGAGGUGGUAAAAACACUUUGUGGAACGGUGGUACCCAAGUGGUCGGGAUGAUUGCUGGCAAGGGCAUUGAGAACCCAGGCACGGACUGUCAUGGCAUGAUGCAUGCCAGUGACUGGCUGCCCUCCUUGGUAUGA